AUGAGGGGGGGGAACACGCGAAACCGGGGGGGGAAACACAGAGGGGACAGCAGGGAGCGGGAUGCAGUGGAGCGGACGGAAGCAGGGGAGAGCUAUGAAAGAAGGAAACAAGAAGGAGAAAGGCGGGUGCGACGGCAGGUGCGGAAACGACGGGGGGGGAAAAGGAGGGUCGCCGGGGCGGUGGACAAGGCUGGACGCAGGGGGAGCGGCCCGGAAGGGGCGGCGGUGGGGGUACAGAGAAAGGGAAGGAACGCGCGGAAAAAAAAGGGAGCGACGGGAGCAGGGGAACGAACAGAGGAGGCCGCGGAAGAGGGCGCGACCAGGAGGGGGGGGGGCGGACAACGGAAAAAAGAAAGGUCGAGAGGACACGAGGGGAAGAACACGGGGACGGGACGGCAGUGGCGCGAGAGAGAAACAGAGCGGGAAAGCGCGCGAAGGGAUGCGGGAACACGAGUAGGCGGCGGCAGGGAAAAGGAAGGCAGGGAACAGUGGGGGACGGGGCGGAGGAGAGGAGGGGAGAAAGGAGAAGAGGAGAGGCGGGGGAGAGGAAGAACGAAGGGUAAACGCGGUGGAAGGCAACGGCGGGGGCCAAAGGAGGAGCGCUACGACAGGGCAGAAGGAGAACAGGCGGAGGCAAAGAAGGAAAAAACGCGAAAACGGGCCGGGAGGGGAGCGCAAGAAACACAGCGGGCAAAAGAACAAAAGGGAGUCAGAAGAACGCUGGGACAGCGGCAGAGGGAGCCAGAGAACGCGGGGACAGGGGAAAAGCGGGAGAGAGCGGGGGAAAGCCGGGGGCCGUGGAAGGGUGGCAAUGGGGGCAGGAGAAAGGAUUGA